AUGUCUACGGUGAACUGCAAAAUGCAUUCUGCACCAGAGAACGGGAACAGUUCACUGGCUGUUUUUGUGGAGGUGCCGUCGAAAGAACCACCACCCGCUCAGGAACGAACUCAGCCUCUUGAGGAUAGUUGCACUCUUGUGCAGUCACGGCUCUCCUUGGAGUACAUUGUGUGUACCUCCUAUAUGUUAGGCCUUUUGUAUUACAUGUUCCAUGUCGUCUCGGAGGCAUCGCGCAUGCACAGCCCCGGCUUGGGUGUUGAGGCCCCGCGGUGGAAGGUGCUGAAGCAAGCACCGUUUUACUCCAUUGGCUACAAUGGUUCGGGUGAUGGGCAAUGGCGUCACCUAGACAAGUGGUUGUGGCUCCUUGUUAUCUUCUACAUGUGCUUUGCGAUGGGGUCCUGGUUCAUUCGAUGGGCAUUCCGCGGGAGCAAGGAAUCCACAGUGUUGCAACGCUACCAUGUUGUUGUUGGGUUGGGCUUUGUCGCAUUCCUCCACGGUCCGUCGUUCUUCGUGCCGCUUCUCUUCGCACUGGCCAAUUACGUUUUUGCUGUGUAUGCCGUGCGCUGCCGGAUGCCGUACCGAUUGUUCAUGACGGUGAUGUGGGUCUCGCAGAUUGCAAUGAUAUUCGUCAAUAGUUGGUACGGUGAUCACAUCGCGUCGAAAUACGUUCUGACGUCCGAAGAGUGGUGGCCGCAAAGGUUGCGUUGGGUGGUUGUCUUCAACAUGUACACCCUCCGCAUGAUUGCGUUCAACAUGGACCUCUACGAGGCGAUCAACGACGGCGCGGCGCAGCAGGAGCGGGCUGUGCGGAAGCACGACACGACGUGCGUGGAGUGUGCGCAGAUGCGGGAGGCGGGAGGCGGUGGGCGGUCGCACUCCACGCGCUGCUACAAGUUCCGCACGGAGCACCCACGCCGCCCCUGUGAGUACAACCUGCUGAGCUACUUGGCGUACAUGCUGUACGUGCCCCUGUACAUCGCGGGGCCCAUGUCCUCCUUCAACGCAUUUGUCUCACACUGCCACCAUCCCACCGUUUCCAUGUCGCUGCGACAGAAGGCUUUUUACGCACUGCGUGUCGUUGUGAUGUAUUCGAUGGUAACUUUGAUGCUACACUUCGUGUUCGUGAACGCCGUGCGGAAUGCGAUUCAUGUCCUUACUUUUUCGAAUUUCUUUGCAUCGAUCAGUAUGCUCUACCUGCAGCUUGCAUUUCUGUGGCUGAAGUUUAAUUGCGUGUGGAAGCUCUUCCGGCUGCUGUCGCUUCUAGACGGUGUCGACGUGCCGGAAGACAUGCGUCGCUGCUUUACCAACACAGUUAGCAUUCAAGGUUUCUGGCGGGACUGGCAUGCCUCCUUCAAUCUAUG